AUGGUGGGGAAGCAUAAGAAAGCCAAGAUCACGGACGAAUGGGUGAUUUCGGAGUUCAGUUCGGUUCAGUCUGAUGAAGAGCAGGAGAGCGCAGAGCAGAACCACAUGUGCGCUCGCUACGAGAAGGCUCUCGACUCCUUCGUCUCCACACCAACCACACCGGCAUUGGAGCCAGCAGCGGCUGUGGAGCCGGACCUGUUGUUUGUGUUUGCACGCAAGAAGCAGACGCCUCUCGAUUCAGAUGCAACAGCUCGCCCAAAAUCCCGACCCCCAUGGCUGCAGUGGACGCUCGUCGCUCAACUCGCCCUGCCGCCUCUCACCCUCACCACUGCCCCCAGCUCGCCCUGCCGCCACACCUUCCUCACACUUCGACUUACUCUGCCCUCCCUCUCUGCCCCUCUCGUCUCCCUUUCUUCGCCUCUCCCCCACCAGCCCCCUUGGCUGCAGUGGACGCUCGUCGCUCAACUCGCCCUCCCCCCUCUCACCCUCACCACUGCCCUUCACGAAAUCCGAGCCGCUGCUACAGACACAGCUACUGAUUCUGCGGACAACCCUGCUGCUAUACACGAUGCUGGGAGCACAGCUGGCGCUGCUGGUGAGGUCAACACGGGUCGAGCCGCAACUGGAGCAGCUAUUGCCACCGGCUCCGUUUCACCUGAUUCACCUGAUUCACCUGCUGCUGCUGCUGCUGCUGCUGCUGCUGCUGCUGCUGCUGCUGCUGCUGCUGCUGCUGCUGCUGCUGCUGCUGCUGCUGCUGCUGCUGCUGCUGCUGCUGCUGCUGCUGCUGCUGCUGCUGCUGCUGCUGCUGCUGCUGCUGCAUCUGCUGUUGCUUCAGACUCAGCAGGAGUCUGGUUUUCAAGCCAGAAAAUGGAUGAGCACGUGCAGAGGUGGCUGAUGGGACGGAUACCCAAGAGAGCGUGGAGUGACUGGUUCAAAGCUGUUGAGAGCGGUGCAGGAGUGUGUGUGGAGAGAGCAGGAUGCAGAGGUGGGUGGCUGAUGGGACGGAUACCCAAGAGGGCGUGGAGUGACGUGGCUCAGUGCGUUGCCUGGUACCGACGAGACCUGGUGUUUGCCAGGCAUCCUUCUUUUGAGGUCUGCUCUGAACCACAGAAGCCUUUCUUUCAGCACCUUUUCCUGAGCUCUUCCCUCAUCUUGAGUAUCUUAUCCCUGGUGUUUCAUGCCUCCCCUGCUCUGCUCUAUUCUGUUGCAGCUGCCGCCACGCGUGCUGCUGUGCUGGCAGCGUACGAGGCCGCCACGUGGCGGCAGCAGGCCUCCAUCCUGUGCCAUGUGGCACGCCUCCAGCUCAGCGCUGACUGGGACUUGCUGGGCCUGUCUGAUGCUUCAGCAGGAGGAUACAUUGUGACAGGCGAUGGUGACAAUAGGAGUGGUGACAAUAGCGAUGGUGAUAGUAAUGAAGAUGAAUGGGGAGAACAGGAUCAGACGGAGGAGGAUGAAGAGGAUGAGGGAGAGAGUGGAGAGGAGGGAGAGGGGGGGGAUUCAGAAGCGGAGGAGGGGGAGGAGGAAGAUGAGGAUUUGGUGUGGUCAGAAGCAGAGGAGCAGAGAGCAUUAGCUCGAGAUGCAGAGAUGCUGAAGCAGCAGGGGGGACAAGGAAUUACUAGUCAGAGACUGUUGGGUGAAGGUUUAACUGGUGGAGGUGACAUUGACGUUCUUGCUGGUGGUGGUGGUGCUGCUACAGCCGGAGCUGCUGGCGAGAGAAAUACUGAUGGCUCAAUUAGUGAUGGUGGUGACGAGUUGUCUGUAAUGGAGCGGACUCUAGUGAGGAAAAAGGAGGAGGCAUCUGGGGAGGUGAAGGCAGCAGUGGGACCGUUUGAUUCGGUCAGGCUGAUUGGGGAGCUGACACUGCUGCACGCUAUUGAGAGUGGAGAGGAGACAUUCUGA